GGCAAAAUGUGCGACAGACGCUUUGCGAGCCAGGGAGGAAGCAGCGCUGCCUCCUCCUCUCUGUGGCACGGCAGCGGAGGGCGCUGCUCGGAGGGGCCGGCUGCCCCCCUGCCCCUUCCGAGCCGAGCUCCCCCCUUCCCGCAGGCGCACGCCGGGGACCCCUCCCGUUCUCCGACGCCGGAGCGAGCCUGAGGAGCGGCCCCAGGAGCGGGGGAGCAGCAGGGGGAUUGUCUCGGCUCGGAGCUCCCAUGAGCGCUUAGCCUCCCCGCCCCGGUCCCCAGCAGCAGCAGGCUCCAGGUGCACAGUGCAGACAAGAGCCGGGGACCCGGCCGGCUGCAAUGGCCUCCAACAUGGACCGAGAAAUGAUACUGGCAGAUUUUCAGGCAUGUACCGGCAUUGAAAAUAUUGAUGAAGCUAUUACGUUACUUGAACAAAAUAACUGGGAUUUAGUGAGAGAGACCGUGACUUUCUACAGGGAAUGAGUUAAAAGAUCUGAAUUGGAAAAGAAGAACUUUGAUUUUGCAACUUCUUUUUCUGUUGGAGUUCCAGUUAUGGAUGGGAUUCCUGAAUGGAAGAUUGGUGUUUUCCUUGUUGCUGGUUAUCAGCAAUCUUUAUUUGCAGCUAUAAAUGGUGUAAUACCACAAGAAAACGGCAUUCUACAAAGUGAAUAUGGUGGAGAGACUUUGCAAGGACCAGCCUAUGGUCCCACAAGUCAUCCUACAGCAUCUUCGUCAACUCCUUCCUCAUCCUCAGCGUUUCGACAUGUAGUGCCAUCCCGACAAAUAGUGGAAAGACAACCGCGGAUGCUUGACUUCAGGGUUGAAUACAGAGACAGAAAUGUGGAUGUAGUACUUGAAGACAGCUGCACAGUUGGAGAGAUCAAACACAUUUUAGAAAAUGAACUUCAGAUUCCUGUAUCGAAAAUGUUGUUAAAAGGCUGGAAGACUGGAGACCUAGAUGAUAGUACUGUUUUAAAAACUCUACACUUACCAAAAAAUAACAGUCUUUAUGUUCUAACACCUGAUCUUCCACCACCUUCUUCAAGUAACUCUGGUGCCCUGCAGGAGUCAUUAAAUCAAAACUUCAUGCUGAUCAUCACCCAUCGAGAAGUCCAGCGGGAGUACAACCUCAACUUCUCAGGAAGCAGUACCAUUCAGGAGGUAAAGCGGAAUGUUUAUGACCUAACUAGUAUCCCUGUUCGUCACCAAUUGUGGGAAGGCUGGCCUCCUUCUGCCACAGAUGACUCAAUGACUAUAGCUGCAUCGGGGCUCACUUAUCCUUGCCAUCGACUUACAGUAGGAAGACGAUCUUCACCUGCACAAACCAGAGAACAGUCAGAGGAGCAAUGCACGGAUGUUCAUAUGGUGAGUGACAGCGAUGGAGAUGACUUUGAAGAUGCUACAGAGUUUGGAGUUGAUGAUGGAGAGAUGUUUGGUAUGGCAUCAUCUGCCUUGAGGAAAUCUCCAAUGAUGCCAGAAAAUGCUGAAAAUGAAGGAGAUGCCUUAUUACAAUUUACGGCAGAAUUUUCCUCAAGAUAUGGUGACUGCCAUCCUGUUUAUUUUAUUGGGUCACUAGAGGCUGCUUUUCAAGAAGCCUUCUAUGGAAAAGCCAGAGAUAGAAAGCUUCUUGCAAUCUACCUCCACCAUGAUGAAAGCGUACUAACCAAUGUGUUCUGCUCACAAAUGCUUUGUGCCGAAUCUAUUGUUUCAUAUCUGAGUCAGAACUUCAUAACCUGGGCAUGGGAUAUGACAAAAGAAGCAAACCGAGCAAGGUUUCUGACAAUGUGCACUAGACACUUUGGGAGUGUUGUAGCCCAAACUAUUCGAACUCAGAAGACGGAUCAGUUUCCACUUUUCCUUAUUAUUAUGGGAAAACGAUCAUCUAAUGAGGUGUUGAAUGUAAUACAAGGUAACACAACAGUGGAUGAGCUAAUGAUGAGACUGAUGGCUGCAAUGGAGAUCUUCAGUGCUCAGCAGCAAGAAGACAUAAAGGAUGAGGAUGAACGUGAGGCCAGAGAGAAUGUGAAGAGAGAACAGGAUGAAGCUUACCGCAUUUCACUAGAAGCUGAUAGAGCAAAGCGGGAAGCACAAGAGAGAGAACAAGCAGAGCAGUUUCGUUUGGAGCAGAUUCGAAAAGAACAGGAGGAAGAACGUGAGGCUAUCAGGCUAUCUCUAGAGCAGUCUUUGCCUCCAGAGCCAAAAAAAGAGAGCACUGAGUCAGUCAGCAAACUGCGUAUCCGAACACCUAGCGGAGAGUUCUUUGAGCGGCGUUUCCUGGCCAGCAGUAAGCUGCAGGUUGUCUUUGAUUUUGUAGCUUCCAAGGGAUACCCUUGGGAAGAGUUCAAGCUGCUGGGCACCUUUCCAAGGAGAGAUGUGACUCAGUUGGAUCCAAAUAAAUCAUUACUGGAGGUAAAACUGUAUCCUCAAGAAACCCUUUUCCUAGAGGCAAAAGAAUAGAUCAAAACAGAUUGCAGGACUCGUAAUCCUUUGAUAAGACAGAGGCACAGUGUUGGGAGAAAGGCUUCUAGCAAAACCACCUUGUACUAUCAUCCAAUUCAAUGCAGUGUCACAACUCUGCCUCUUGCAAGAAUUCUGAAAAAAGAAUAAACCUAGCUACUUUAAAGUUUCAAAUACAUGAGUAUAUGUUUCCAACCUCGUUUAAAUGAGCAGAGGAUAAUAUUCUGUUAUGAACACUGAACAUUACGACUCUGUUGCUCACUUCUCAUCUGGCUUUUGUUAUAAUUAAUGCACUGUUAAAAUGUGAGUGAUUGUUAAGUAGAAUUUUUACUCCUCAAAUGCCCCUUUUUCACCAAGAAAUCUUGGACAUUUCUGCCUGUACUUUUGACACUAGAAUGCUGUAUAUUUGAUAUCUCGCUGAGCCAGCGCCCUCAUAUAUAUGCAUUUUACUCUGUGUUUGAAUUUCUACUUUGCCACCUAAUUUGAAAAGGCAGAAAAAAUUAAAUGGGACAUUCUCAGACAUGGAAAUUUAACAGUAUUAUAGUAGAAAGCAUAUAAUUUUUGUUGGUACUUUCUGACUUCUUUGAUAAGAUGUAAGGUUUUGUUUGAAGAAUAUAGUUUGACAUAUAUGCAAGAUAUUUAUUUACUGGUUCUGCUUUGGGUCUCGAUUCUAAUUCAGUUUAGGAAGUAUUUUCCAUUACAUUGCAGUGUGUGAAACUGCUUAUUGCAUGAUGUGAAUAUUUAAAUAAUGUUAGAAAUGGGCCAGUACCAGAAACCUGGUAUCUUGCCAACACUUCAGGAAUCAGCUGAUAUUGAAUAUCAGCUGUUAAAAAUCUUUCAAAUACCAGAUACAAAAGUUCUCUAUUCCUCAUUGUGGAAGAAAUGGUAGUUCCCAUUUUUGCAUUUUUCCUUCUUUCUGGCACUUGUUUGUAUCCUAUUACUCUGCUGUUUCUAAAGCACCUUGUUUGUUUCACCAAAUGAUAAAUAUCUAAAGAGAUGGUGUAAUAAGAAAUCUGCCUUAUUAUUGCACACUUUUUUGACAUUUUAAAAAGAGAUUACUGAUCCCGUCUCAGAUUAACAAAUUCGAGUUCCAUUGUCUGAAAUGUAUGCACCAACUAUCUGGUAUCUGAUAUGGACAAAUUUGGUACCUUAUGUACCUAAACCAUAGAAUGAGCAUACUGAAGGUUCAGACCAUAACAUACACUUGAUGCCUAAACCUGCAUCGAAACACUUUUGAUCUGCUUUUUGUUUUAUUCCUGGGCUUACUGUAUAGCACACAGGAGCACUACAGAAACAUCAGCUGCUAAUCAAACUACUUGGAAUAUUAUUUUUCACAUUUUGUUUAUACGUAACUCAUGUUCUUUACCAUAGCAGGUAGAAUCCCAAUUUGAACAUUUUAUACUAAUCAGAAACUAACUGGACACACCUUAAGUCAUUUUUUUUCUUUUGGAGGAAUGGAAAUAUAAAAUUAAUGUAUGACUAUUAUUAGGGUGUUAGUAAAGCUGAUAUAUUGUUACCUACCAAAAAAUGCAAACUUCAGAGUGGGGAAAGCCUUACUGUAUCUUUAUGAUAAUUCUGUAAUUAAUAAUGCAGACAGCACAUACUUUUAGAAGUGAUGUAUUCAUGACAAGCUAAAGGUUUGGACGUGUAAGCAAAUUUUAAUCAUCUGCAGUCCACAACACACACAAUAGCAGCCAAAUGAAAGGCAAAUGUAAAUGUAAUGGAGAGCUAAAUACAGACACUUCAUUCUAAACCUUUGUACUGCUUCACGAGAAAAGCAAAACAAAAGCGGACACUACAUCUAUUAAAUCUAAAUUUAACACAGGUUGCAAACUGGGGUGACACUGUUUGCACAAUCACAGUAACUUACACAGCAGGCAUUUCAAAGUGAUGCUUUAGUUCCCGCCCCCUCCCCCGAUUAGCUCGUCAUUGUUAAAUUGGCUAUUAAAGAAAGGAUUUGCUGAAAUAUUGCUGCACGUAGCAAAGUGACCUUUCAGUUAACUUUUUAUAUUUAAUCUGUUCUGUUUAACUUUUGUUUGAUCUCAUCAUGCUGUUUUCUCUCACUCAACUUUAUUUCUGUAUUUUGACUAUAUAUUCUUUGAUACUAAUUUCAUAAAGUUAUUAAAUGUGGCUUGAAUAUUUGUUGAA